AUGUGUCAACACGCAAAGAAGAACCUCAUAGAGGACAUGUUCCGACAGUGCGCGGGAAACGACGGGCAUGAGACAUAUACGAGACGUUCCCGAACCAAAGCUAGGGUCGUGGCUUUGACGCCGUCCGGGUAUUUCACAGACCAAAACCGUGUACACGGGAAAGUUAGUCGGGCAUUACCGAGCCAGUCCCUGGCGGCGGCGGUGUCGCCGAAGUACCUGGGGUUCUCUCACAGCCCUUGA